GUUUGGGAGGCGCGUUGUCCAAAUUACGAAAGAUAACAGCAAUGUCCAACAAGCGUCCUUCAUUAGUCCCUCAGAAAGGACCUGGUUCUUUUAAAAAACCAAGAGGUAACCACGAUGAUACCCCAGAGCCCUCAAAGUUCGAGCAGGAACUAAUGUUGUUGGAUGACAUCGAGACUGAAGAUAUAGCUUUGGUGGACGAAAGUUCUGCUUUGUCUCAUCUAGACUUUCUAACGAAUUCGCAUUGGCCAAGACGUAGGUUGGAGAAGUUGGAUCCAAAUAAGGACAAUAUUAUUUUCCAGCAGUUUGAUGUGUCACAUUAUAAAGGUGAACAUCUAACUGGUAUGCCUGGUGCUACUCAAGGUCCUGUACCAGUUAUACGUUUGUUCGGUAUAACUGAAAAGGGUCAUAGUGUAUGUGCGCAUGUGCAUGGUUUUCUACCAUAUUUCUAUGUACCAGCACCGAAAGAUUUUUCAACGGAUCAUUUGAAUGCUUUUCGUGAAGCCUUAAAUUCUAUGUUAUUAAAAGAGAAGUCAAAAGAGUUUGAAGGAUUGCAACACCUCGUACUUAGAGUUACAUGUGAAGAGAAACGAAAUGUAUAUGGUUUUCAUGGAAAUCGUAGUCUACCAUUUCUUCGUAUUACUUUGGCAUUGCCACGUUUAAUUGCACCAGCUAAACGUAUAUUAGACAAUGGUUUAUCAUUUGCUGAUUAUUCAUUACAGUCAUAUCCUGCUUUUGAAGCGAAUAUUGAUUUUGAAAUACGUUUUAUGACUGAUACACAAAUGACUGGAUGUAGCUGGGUUGAAGCACCAGCACAGAAGUAUCACUUGAGAGAUUCUACAAAGAAAUCAGAUGAUGUGAAAAAAUCCAUAAAUCAAAAAUCAAAUCAUUCUGUUAAUUCUUCAACGACCUCUACUACAAAUGGUUAUAGCAGUGUUACAAAAAAUGGUGUUAAUGAUCACUCGACAUUGUUAACUAGUCAAACAAGAUGUCAAAUUGAGUUUGAUAUAGCAUGGGAUGCUUUGAUUGUUCACUCACCUGAAGGUCAAUGGAGUAAUAUUGCACCAUUACGUGUACUGAGUUUUGAUAUUGAAUGUGCCAGUCGUAAAGGUGUAUUCCCUGUACCCGAUAAAGAUCCAGUUAUACAGAUUGCUAAUAUGGUUACUAACUAUGGGGAAACAACACCGUUUAUACGUAAUGUAUUCACAUUGAAUUCAUGUGCACCAAUUGUUGGUUCACAAGUUAUUUGCCAUAAAACGGAAGAAGAACUGUUAGCUAAUUGGUCAGUGUUUGUGCGUGAAGUUGAUCCAGAUAUAAUCACUGGUUAUAAUAUACAAAAUUUCGAUCUACCUUAUCUUAUUAAUCGUGCUAACACCUUAAAAGUUGAUGGUUUUGAAUUUCUUGGUCGUAUACGUGGCGCACGUUCUACAAUACGGGAAGCUAUGACUCAGUCAAAACAAAUGGGUCGUAGAGAGAAUAAAUUUGUAAAUAUUGAUGGACGUGUACAGUUUGAUUUAUUACAGAUAUUAUUUCGUGAUUAUAAACUUCGAAGUUAUACAUUGAAUGCAGUGAGUUAUCAUUUUCUUGAAGAGCAAAAGGAAGAUGUACAUCAUAAUGUCAUUACUGACUUACAAAAUGGUGAUGCUCAAACACGAAGACGUUUAGCUGUUUAUUGUUUAAAAGAUGCUUAUUUACCAUUACGUUUAUUAGAUAAAUUAAUGUGUAUUGUAAAUAAUAUUGAAAUGGCUCGGGUUACUGGUGUACCAUUAACAUACCUACUUACACGGGGUCAACAAGUCAAGGUUAUGUCUCAGUUAUUGCGUAAAGCCCAUGAACAUGGUUAUUUAUUGCCAACAUAUCAGUCGCAACAGGGUGAUGAAUUCGUCGGUGCAACAGUACUGGAACCACGUAAAGGUUUUUAUAAUGAACCGAUAGCUACAUUAGAUUUUGCUAGCCUAUAUCCAAGUAUAAUGAUGGCUCAUAAUCUAUGUUAUACAACUUUGUUACAAGUGAAUACAACACCACAUGGUUCAACGGGCGGUGGUAUUCAAGCACUUGUUCAACGUUAUAAUUUAACUGAUGAAGAUUACAUUAAAACACCGACUGGAGCGUAUUUUGUUAAAUCACAUAUCUGUCAUGGUAUUUUACCGGAAAUUUUACAACAGCUUUUAAGUGCCAGAAAAAAAGCUAAAGCUGAACUUGCUAAAGAAACUGAUCCAUUACGUAAACGUGUUUUAGAUGGACGUCAAUUAGCAUUAAAAAUUAGCGCUAAUUCUGUUUAUGGGUUUACUGGCGCACAAGUUGGUAAAUUGCCUUGUUUAGAAAUAUCCGCUUCUGUUACAUCAUUUGGACGUUUAAUGAUUGAACAAACAAAAUUACAUGUUGAAAGUAAAUUCAAUAUUGCUAAUGGUUAUAAACAUGAUGCUGUGGUUAUUUAUGGUGAUACAGAUUCAGUGAUGUGUAAAUUUGGUGUAUCCACAGUAACGGAAGCUAUGGAAUUAGGUCGUAAAGCUGCCGAAAUUAUAUCUGAAGAAUUUCCUAAACCAAUUCGAUUAGAAUUUGAAAAGGUGUAUUGUCCAUAUUUAUUAAUCAAUAAAAAACGUUAUGCUGGUUUGUAUUUUACAAAACCAGAUCGACACGAUAAAAUGGAUUGUAAAGGUAUUGAAACUGUACGUCGUGAUAAUAGUCCAUUGGUGGCUAAUUUAAUCAAUGCAUGUUUAGAGCGUAUAUUGAUUGAUCGUGAUCCAAACGCAGCGAUUAGUUAUGCUCAAUCAGUGAUCUCAGAUUUAUUAUGCAAUCGUAUUGACAUUUCACAAUUAGUUAUUAGUAAAGAAUUAACAAAAACCGAUGAAGAAUACUCUGGUAAACAAGCUCAUGUAGAAUUAGCUGCAAAAAUGCGUAAACGUGAUCCAGGCUCAGCGCCAAAUUUAGGCGAUCGUGUACCUUAUGUAAUUACUGCUGUAGGUGGGAAAAAUACAGCAGCUUAUGCAAAAGCUGAAGAUCCUCUUUAUGUAUUAGAGCAUAAUAUACCGAUUGAUACAAAGUAUUAUUUGGAAAAUCAAUUAGCUAACCCUUUACUACGUAUAUUUGAACCAAUUUUAGGUGAAGUGAAAGCAAAAUCUGUACUGUUAAGUAAGUUGUUGUAUAUUGUUCUUUUUAAAAAAUUGUGUCUGUUCAUUACUUCUUACACUUGUUACUUACCCUUCGUGGAGCAUAGAUCACUGACCAAGAAAUUUCUUUAGAACUCUCCUUUCCAAUUCUUGUCAAGUUCUACUCAUCCUCUUGGUGUGUUUCGGACACCGUGCUUUUGGUCUGCCUUUCUUUUGUCUUGAGAUUUCCAAAUUAGAAUUUGCAUCGUGAUUCAGUUAGCUGGUUUUCGUAAUGUUUUAUCUAUCCAUCUACAGUAUCUGUGCAAAUUACUGCAAAUUUGGAAAACUCACAGCCUUCUUUACAAAUCAUGCAGUAAUCGAUAUCAGGAAGGUUUAUAUGUAGUUUUGUUAGUUUUACUUGAUAGGUGGUGGAUGUAUAGAGUUAUCUUACGUAUGGUGAACGAAGACUUUGUGCAGAUGACCAAUUUAUUGUAUAGUGCGAAAUUACAAAGUGUCUUCGUAAAUUACGGAAGCCAUAUAUUAAAUACUUCAUUUGCACAUCUUCAGAUCUGCCUAUUUUUAAGUUUUGUUUGAUCCAUAAAUCGUUGUUGUAUGUCGUAUCAUUCCAGAUUUAUCACUGAUUGAUUACUCUUCUAUUACUCCAGUUUUGUAUCACUUAUGAUUGAGUUGUGUGCAUGCUGCAAUUCCCUGAUUAUGUCGCCGCGUGGUCAGAUAUAUCAAGUAUGUCAUUGAGUGAGUUUUGAGUCAUCGUUGAAUUGAACACAAAUGAGCUGCUUUCUAUCUUCGUCCUCUGAUUAGCCACGGGGUCUCCAGUAGCUUGAGGAGAAAGUGUUAUGUUCUUGGUUCAUAUGUCAUUUGGUAAAUAUGUCACUGGUUCUAAUGGCACUAUAAGUGAACUAGUCAAUAAUCACACUAGAGAGUGAGAGAGAGAGAGAAAAUGAUUAUAUAACGGCUUUCUUGUCAUUCUAGCCCGAUUACGCGGGACUCAAUAUGUUACUAGCUAACGUCUAGUUUUUUUCAUUGUAAUAAUAUCACAUUUAUUUCUUUUUUUACAAAACUUCCUAUUUUUUCUUUGUGCUGCAUAGAUGGCGAACAUACACGUGUAAAAGCUGUGGUACACUCUACUGUUGGACAAUUAUCAGCUUUUACAAAAGUACGUGCAUCAUGUAUUGGAUGUAGAACAUUAUUACCUGCUGAUAAAACAGACGCAGCUUUAUGUAAAUAUUGUGAAUCACGUGCAUCAGAAAUUUAUCAAAAAGAAAUUGUACAGUUAAAUUUAUUAGAGAAAAAAUUCACUUCUUUAUGGACAGAAUGUCAACGUUGUCAACAAAGUAUACAUGAAGAAGUUAUAUGUACCAGUCGAGAUUGUCCAAUUUUUUAUAUGCGAAUGAAAUCACGUAAAGAUGUCGAUGAAGCAUAUAAAACAAUUCAACGUUUCGGUAAUCCUAAUUGGUAAAUCAAUAAGAAAAAAGGAGUCACAUUCAUUGAAUUAGUCUAAUCCAUUGUAAAAAGAACAAACAACAAGAAUAUCCUUUAAGAUCAUUUUAUCCGUAACGUCAUUCUCUCUCAGGUUUUGUUUAGUUCUCUCUUUAUUCCAGAGUUCAAAUUUUUUUUUUUAUUAUAUUUUCUGUUAUAAAGAUUUUUUUUGGUAUUUUGAAAAGUGCAUUUCCAAAUUAUUGUACUUCACAUUUUCAUUGUUUAACAUAUUUUUUCUUUAUUG